ACCAAUCACCAUAGACAUCGGUUUUCCAGUUUCCACUUUCAGUCAGUUUGCGAACUCGCGUUGUCUGUGCUGCGUGUGUGUCGUUUCGCGCGCAUGUACACAGUGUCCGAAAACGUAUUUUAUUAGUUCUUGACAUAAUCUUGCAUUCAAAUUGUGCUGUUUUGCAUUUUAGUGACUCUUGUUUGUGUGAUAAUAUUGGCGUUCGCCUUCUGAUAAGGAAAUGUCUUCGUGGUAAAUUUAGCAGUGGUGGGGAAGCAGCUCCAUCAUGACCAAGCGAUUUGAAUUUAACUGGCAGAUCCCCGUACCCGAACCCUUGCUCCAAGGAGCUGUAUUUGACAGAUGGACCGAAGAAAAAGACAACACGGAAUUGGAAAAGGAAUGCCUCUUCAAAGUCGACGAGUAUGGCUUCUUCAUUUAUUGGAAAAGUGAAGGAAAAGAUGGUGACGUGAUAGAACUGUGUCAAGUCAGCGACAUCAGAUCUGGAGGAGUGCCAAAGGACACGAAAUUGAACGACAAACUAACGACCAAACAUGGAAACCAAUUAGAGGACAAAUCGUUAACCAUAUGCAGUGGCACGGAUUAUAUCAACAUCAACUAUCAACACGUGGUCUGUCCUGAUGCAAAUACUGCCAAGGUGUGGAAAGAAGGGUUGCGGCACAUAACUCACAAUAACAAAAUUAACAAUGUCUGUCCGAGGACGAGUCUUAUGAAGCAUUGGAUGCGUCUAAGCUUCCUGACGGAUCCCAAAGGCAAGGUGCCAGUUAAGGUGGUUGCGCGAACAUUCGCUUCAGGAAAAACGGAAAAGCUGGUUUACCAAUGCCUCUCGGAACUCGGACUACCUUCUGGCAAAAAUGAGGCUAUGGAAAGAGAGGCAUUCACAUUUGAUAAGUUCUACGCCCUGUAUCAUAAGAUCUGCCCCAGGAAUGAUAUUGAAGAAUUGUUUCGGACCAUUACUCAAGGCAAAUCGGAUCGUAUCAAUUUGGAUCAAUUCGUCAACUUCCUGAAUGAGAAGCAGCGUGACCCGAGACUCAAUGAAAUCCUUUACCCACUGUACGACGACAAGCGAGCAGUGGAGAUUAUCGAAACUUACGAACAGAAUGACGAAGCAAAAAAUGCCAAGUGCCUUACUAAAGACGGUCUCAUCCGAUACCUAAUGUCGGACGAGAACGCUCCAGUGUUUCUCGACCGUCUGGACUUCUACAUGGAAAUGGACCAGCCUCUAUCCCACUAUUACAUUAAUUCAUCACAUAAUACGUAUUUAUCUGGUCGUCAGUUUGGUGGAAAGAGUUCUGUUGAAAUGUAUAGACAGGUUUUGCUGGCAGGUUGUCGAUGCGUCGAACUCGACUGCUGGGAUGGCAAAGGUGAAGACGAGGAGCCAAUAAUAACUCACGGAAUGGCCAUGUGCACUGACAUUUUAUUCAAAGACGUGAUAUACGCUUUGAGAGACACAGCUUUUGUGACGUCAGACUAUCCCGUGAUCCUAUCCUUUGAGAACCACUGCUGUAAGGCUCAGCAGUACAAGUUAGCCAAGUACUGCGAUGAAAUCCUUGGAGAUCUGCUUAUGAAGGAGCCGCUGCCUGAUUAUCCGUUGGAGCCAGGAAUGCCUCUUCCCCCACCGUGCCUUUUGAAAAAGAAGAUAAUGAUAAAGAACAAGCGGUUAAAGCAAGAAGUUGAGAAACAGGAAUUGGAGCUGUUCAGGCAGGGACAGUUCGUGAUUGAAGACGAGGUUAAAGAGGAUGCUUCGGCGGUUGUACUUCCAGAAGACAAGAAGCCUGAGGAAAUAGUCGUGGAGGCAGCCGCGGCAGGUGAUGACGCCCCUCCGCCAGUGCAAUACACGGGUUCCACCACCAACGUGCAUCCCUGGCUGUCUUCCAUGGUCAACUACGCGCAGCCCAUCAAGUUCAUCUCCUUCGAGGAGGCCGAGAAGCGAAACAUCCACCACAACAUGUCUUCCUUCGCCGAAACAACGGGAAUGAACUACCUCAAGAGUCAGGCUAUUGACUUUGUCAACUACAACAAACGUCAGAUGUCACGAAUUUAUCCCAAGGGGACCAGAGCUGAUUCAUCUAACUAUAUGCCUCAGGUAUUCUGGAACGCGGGCUGCCAAAUGGUGUCCCUGAACUUCCAGACCUCUGAUCUUCCGAUGCAGCUGAACCAGGGCAAGUUUGAAUACAAUGGGAAUUGCGGGUACCUUCUAAAGCCAGACUUCAUGCGUCGGGCGGAUAAGAGCUUCGACCCUUUCGCCGAUGCACCCGUCGAUGGAGUCAUUGCUGCACAGUGUGCUGUACAGGUGAUUGCGGGUCAAUUUUUGUCAGACAAGAAAGUGGGUACUUACGUAGAAGUAGACAUGUACGGUCUACCCACCGACACCAUUCGUAAGGAGUUCCGUACCCGAAUGGUGCCCGCUAACGGAUUGAAUCCUGUCUAUAACGAGGAACCAUUUUUAUUCAGAAAGGUCGUACUCCCGGACUUGGCUGUUCUGCGUUUCGGGGUGUACGAUGAGAAUGGCAAACUUUUGGGCCAACGCAUUCUGCCAUUGGACGGUCUCCAGGCGGGAUAUCGCCACAUCUCCCUCAGAACUGAAGCCAAUUUCCCAAUGUCACUGCCCAUGCUGUUCUGUAACAUUGAGCUGAAGAUUUACGUACCUGAUGGCUUUGAAGAUUUCAUGGCGGCACUGUCCGAUCCGCGUGCUUUCAUGGGAGCGGCGAAGGAGAGAACAGACAAUAUGAAGGCCAUGGGCAUAGAAGAGAGUGGGCCAGAGAAGAAACCGGAGCCUGAACAGAAGAAAGAAGAACCGCUGGUAUUCGAGCCAAUAACAGUAGAGUCCCUUCAACAAGACAAAGGCUUCCUCAAGACCAGCAAGAAACAGCAGAAAGACUUGGAGGCAAUGAGAAAGAGACACGCCAAGGAGAAGAUGCUUUUACAGAAGCAGCAGUGUGGUGCUCUUGAGAAGAUGAUCAAAGGAAAGAAUAAAGAACAGUUGGCGAACGACGCGACCUUUCGCACGCUCGUGUCAGACCAGUCGAACGCGUGGAGCGAGCUGGUCUCCCGCCACCGCAGAGAGGAAUGCGCAGCAGCCAGGACCAGGCUGGACGACCAGCGGGAGCUGCUCAAGAAGAUGAUGGAGCAGACGCAGCUGGCGCAGAUGAAACAGCUCGAGGCUAAGCACGAAAGGGAAUUAAAAGAAAUGAACACUCGUCAAGCGAAGAUCAGUGUUGAGACGAGUAAGGAGGUAGCCAACGAUAAGACUUUGAAGACUAAACAGGAGAAGGAUAGAAGACUGAGGGAGAAGAAGCAGAACAACAUAAAGAAGUUUAUGGACGAGAAGAAGACUCAAACAAUUAAGCAAAAUCGCGAGAAAGAGAAGCUGAAGGUGACUCACGACAAGCAGGUGGAAGAAUUGGGGAAAGACAUCGAUAAUCUCAUCGAAAUGUACAAAAUGGAAGAAUCUGAAUUCGACAUGGCAAGCAAAGCCGAGUUCUUAGCAUGAAAGUUCCCGGACAUUGCGCCUCUCAUACAACAAAUGACUUGACAAGUGACAAGUGAUCUCUAGUUUUAAACAUUAUCAGUGCACUUACAACAAUUUAUAAUCAAAUUUAAUAACAAUAGGUUAACUCUUCGGAAAAACCAUUAAAGAUUUACAAUUUUAUUAAAUUUUAUGUGUAUAAGUUUAAUGUUUUAAUAAAUUUAAGUAUUUGUUUCAGAGUUUAAAUAUUCCUUAGGUAAAUUUAUUUAUUGGUUUGUUUCUGUUUUGAAUGGUUUUGUUGUUUAUUUGAUAUGCACUAAUUUAAUAAAAUCAUUAUAAAUGUUCCUUCUAAACUGUGAAUACUAAUGUAAGUUAAUAAUUAGUUUUAUAAUUAUUAUAAGGGUCAAAAAACUAUUGAAAUACUUAUUAAUUCAAAGAUUAAUUAAAAAACUAGGAAUUGAAAAAGCUAAGUAAAAUGUUUAUCAUCCCUAUUAGACAAAAACUACUUAUUUUGGGGAAAAACAUUUUAAUUAAGUGCACUAUGUAGUUUUUUCAGCUUAGAAAAAUAUUAACCAUUAAACAUAGUUUUUAAGAACUUUAUCAAUUUGUAAUGUUUAAUUGUUCUCUGUACGGGUAAUAAGAUAUUUUAUUUCAAAAAUUAAUUCGAUCAAUUCAGUGCAUAGACCCUAUAUAUUCAUUUUCUUGUUUUCAUAUUGUAUAAGAUAAUUAAAUACAUAAUUAUAACUUAAAUAUUGUACAUCUCACUGUCAAUCUCUAACUUCAUAUUUAGUGGACCAACUAUUAAAAAGUAUAGAUUUUCUUCUAAUUUUUUAAAUUCUAAAAUAUUUACUAACAAAUAAUUUAUCAUAAGUACUUAAAUUUUGUCAAGUACAUUAUCUAGUCAAUUUUUAUGAGCCAGUGACAUGUUACAAGAAUAAUUUAUAUGAAUUUUACCUGUUAACGUAAUUAUAAAGGUUUAAAAUCUUAGCACAUAGUAUUAUAGUGAGAGUAGCAUAAGUUUUAUUAGUUUAUCAUUAUUACUAUAUUUAAAAAAUAGUUUUUAUCACUAUUUUCAGGCCUAUAUAUGGGUGAAUAUUUUCUUUUGUAUAAGGUUAAGAAUUAUUGUUGUCAGUAUUAGUGUUUAAAAUUUUAUUGCACCUAAUUUUAUUAUUGCACUCCUUGUAUUUAAAUAUGGAUUUAAUAUUAUUUAUCAGGAGUUAAUGUAAAGCAUAUAUUCUAAACUACAAUAAAAUUUGUAUGACUAUGCAGUUGAAUAUUUUUUAAAACUGUUGGAUACUGAAUUUUAUGGCCAUUUUGCAAAAUGUAUGGAAACUCAACUCUAAUUCAAACUAUUGUUUGUA